AAUUAGUUGCCUUUUUCAAUUAGUUUAUUUAUAUUUUGAACUUGGUUUGUUUGUUUAUUUUUGUAUUUUUCUCUUGGAUUCUUUCAUUAAUGGCCGAUAUAUUUAACAGAACUCGAUAACCAUAAAACUUUAUCGUUUAUGGUUGAUACUUGAGAUGGGUAUGUAUGAAUGUGAUCUUUGUUGCUCGUUCGUCUUUCACUUGCCUUUGAUUGUUGCUUACACAGAUGGGUUUUUGAUAAAAUGAAACAGUUCUUCAGCAAAACCCUAGAUUUUCAAAUCCGUUAGAAUAUUAUUACAUUCUAAUUUAGGGUUCUUCUUGUGUUGCGAUUUUGUUUAUUUGGCCACUUCGGUUCAAUUUCUCUGCAAAAAUGGCAAUUUACACACCCAAUUGGAAUGCUACCUGUGCCUUUUGAGAGCAACAACAAUCAAGUGAAAUCAGCAAAUAUCAUCAGGAUUCCAAUGGCUCCAGGUGGAGGUGUAUGCAAAGAUGUUAUUGAAUCUCACCCUAAAACUUUAAAGUAUGACGUGGCAACAACAAAAAUGGAUAAAAACAUUACAAGGGUAGCAACUGGAAAACAUGGAAUCCAAUCAACAAAUGGUGUUCAUGAGCUUCUUGAAUGCCCUGUUUGCACUACCUUAAUGUAUCCUCCAAUUCAUCAGUGUCCAAAUGGGCAUACUUUAUGCUCAAACUGUAAAGUUCGAGUGCACAAUUGUUGUCCAACAUGUCGAGUUGAAAUGGGAAACAUACGAUGUUUAGCAUUGGAAAAAGUAGCAGAAUCUUUAGAACUCCCAUGUAGACACCAAACUCUUGGAUGCCAUGACAUCUUCCCUUACUAUAGCAAGCUAAAACACGAGCAAAAUUGCCGAUUUCGCCCCUACAAUUGCCCUUACGCUGGAUCCGAAUGCUCAAUCACGGGUGAUAUCCCAUAUCUUGUCACACAUCUUAAGGAUGAUCAUAAUGUGGACAUGCAUGAUGGAUGCACUUUCAACCAUCGAUAUGUCAAAUCCAAUCCACAUGAAGUUGAAAACGCAACAUGGAUGUUAACAGUGUUCAAUUGCUAUGGAAGACAAUUUUGUUUGCACUUUGAGGCAUUCCAGCUAGGAAUGGCUCCGGUGUACAUAUCGUUUUUAAGGUUCAUGGGGGAGGAUAGUGAAGCAAAGAAGUUUAGUUACUCGUUAGAAGUUGGAGGGUAUGGACGUAAAUUCACAUGGCAAGGAGUUCCAAGGAGCAUACGCGAUAGUCAUAGGAAAGUGCGCGAUAGUCAAGAUGGAUUGGUGAUUCCAAGGAACUUGGCAUUGUUUUUCUCGGGUGGAGAGAGGCAAGAACUCAAACUAAGAGUUAGUGGAAGGAUUUGGAAAGAACAGUGAGAAGAAACUCAAAAAGUGUGUAUAGUCUUUUGGUGUUGUGGCUAGAUUGGUUUAUUAUGAGAAAACAAAAACCCUAAUGGGGAUUGGAUUGAGAAUCUUGUGAUCUUUUGUUUUAGUAUUAUGAAUAUGGAACUGUGAAAUGUUGGAAUGAUAUUGGUUUAUGUAUGAACCAAAUGAUCAUGUAAUCUUGUAAUUUGUUGCGGGAUUUGAAUGCUUAUUUGGAAAA